AUGAGCAUGCCGCAAACGCCGACGGCCAUCCGACGAGGAAAGGCGCCGUUGGUACUGCGACUCCAUGCGCUUCCCCGCGCACCUCCCCCUCCCACGAGCUGCCUUCCGGCCGUCCCUCCAGCAACACCACCUCCUAAACGUCAAAGUCGCGAGGAUGUCUUUCUGACAACGUCUUCUCCCUGUUCAGCACCCGAGAGUCUUCCUGCCGUCGCCAAAAAGGAGGCGACUGAUUUUGAGCAAGGAGACUUGAACGUCACAGUUGAAGAGGAUCAGCUUCCGUCGACACCAAGCAAGAAGGAGCAGCUCGAGAGGCCGACGUUGCGUAAUGCAAGGCUCGGGAAUGGCACCGAACACGUAGAGGUCAAGCGAGCCAGGGUCCUCCUUGCUCGGCUGGCCGAAUCGCCAAUCCUCAUUCAGUGGGCCACCUGCUCGCUCGACACGUUGACAUGUGUCGAAGAAGUGCAAGCAUUCAACCUCGCAAAGAAGCUCUUGGCCGUGUUCCAGGAUCUCGAUAUCGACGUCGAGGAGGCGCAUUGGACCAUCGAAGCCGUCACUUCCUUUUACGAUCAGACGACGAAGAAAGCUGCCGAGCUCGACCAAGAGGAACGUCGAGAUCUUUGCUGUUCUGACGACGACUUCUUAGACAGGGCCGAGAGGGGCGAUGCCUUUAGUGGACAAAGAAUUCGUAGGAUUGUCAAAAGGCGCCUCUGUGCUGAAGACGAAUUCCAAGUCUGGGCCGCGUGGAGACGAAUCAUCCAUUGCUCGUCAACGCUCGAGGAUGACAUCGGAGCAUUAAGCAAGUACGAGCAACAAGCAGAUGGCGAUGCUGGGAACGACGAGAAGCAACAUGACCUUUGUCGUUUUUUCCAGCAUUACCGUCGUCGCCAGAUUCGAAACAGCACUCCCUCGGCGAACGAAGAUGUCAAGCCUCUCGUUACACACCUUGCCGAGGCCAGGGAGUGGAUACAAACGUCGGUCACCCAAGACUGGUCGUACCUCAAUCUACCUGCGGUUCGGCAUCGCAUCUCGUUGAUGCAGAAGGCGACAAAGGAGGAAAUGGCGACGCUCGAGAGCCGACUCGACAACGCAAAUACGAUCGUCGACCAGCUUUGUCGACGCAUCGCUGUUCUGGAACGCGCAGUGACCUUGCCUCGCUCGCCUACAUCGUCUUCCUCGAGCAUAGAGAGUAAUUCGUCAAGCGCUUCUUCCUCCAAAGAGAAGGCCAAGCUUGAGUUUCUCGACAAUGUCCUCUUCGCCAUGGCCACUCCCCCUCGUUCAACGUGUGUCGCUCGCAGUCGCGCGUCUACUAGCUCGACCGUCUUCGGUCGUCUUUGA